GUCCCUUUCCUUCACCCUCGUCUUCGCACUGCAGUCUCAAAAACCCAGCAACAAACUUAUUCAUGCCUUAAUACAAACUUCAAACUUGAAAAACAAUUAAUAAAAUAACUAAAAACUAAAAAAAUAAUAAAAUAAAAAAUAAAAACUUGAUGAGAUGGCUGAUCUCUUCUGCAGAAGCUUCCAUUGUUUUUGGCUUCCAUGCGGCAAUUUUCCGCUAAAACCUUCGGGAAGGAUUCGAAUUUCUGCUCCAAUUCCUCUUCCCAAACGAUGGGUGAGCUUCACCCACCAUACCCACAUGCUUCCCAAUGCCACUUCACCCUCAAACCCUGUUCCUGAAGAUUUUGAUAUUCUCUCGUCAACUGAGUGUUCCGAUGGUAGUUUUGUAUUCCGAUUCGGCAAUGCCAGCGAGAUUAGAGAAAGGAUAGAUGAAUUAGGCAAAGAGAAACUCACCCGUGAGGGUGUUGAGGAAGGAGGCAAGGCUGGUGUUAGAACUCUGUUGGAUGAAGGUGUUGAAAAGAACGUUGAGGUUGAUCAUAAUUUGGGGGAGGAAGCUGAAUCUUCUUCAAAUCUAGUAGUUGGUGUUGCUGAUCGAAAUUCUCAGCUUCCUGUAAAUGAAAAGGAGAGUGUUGUUUCUGAUAAUGACUCAGAGACACCUGUGAUCGAUGAUUCACAAAAUAUCGAUGGAUAUUCCAAGUUGGAUUCAGUAGAGGAUGGUGAUGAUCAACAUGAAAUUUUAAAGGAAGAUGUUGAUGCUGAGUGUAAUGGUGUAUUGAGUGCGGUUGAUGAAGAUUCUGAAGUUGAUAAUCACGAAGAAGUUGUUGUUUCAACGGUUUCUUCAGAGCCUGAUGUGUUUUCUGAUCAGAAUAGUGAUUCUGGGGAAGCUGAAGAGGAAGAAGAAGCUGACCAAGGUUAUGGUGUAGAUAGAGCAAUAGACAACCUGACUGGUGGUGUUGAUGCUGACUUAAGGGAGUUGAUGCCAGAAUCCACUUCUUUAGAGUCUGAACAAGUUGGUUAUAGUGGUGGAAUGAAUGACCUGACUGGUGGUGUUGAUGCUGACUUAAGGGAGUUGGUGCCGGAAUCCACUUCUAUAGAGUCUGAACAAGUUGGUUAUAGUGCAACGAAUGACCUGAAUGUUGCUGUUGAUGCUGAAUUAAGUGAACUCAUGCCAGUAUCCACUUCUAUAGAGUCAGAAAAAGUUGCUAAUGAUGAAGAAACAACUGGCCUCAUCGUGGAUCACCCAAUUGAUGCAAGUAAAAUGGGAAAGUCAGAAAUGUUACAUGACUUGGUUCCAUCCUCAGAUUUGGAAAAUGACAUAGAUACUGGCAAUACUGAAAGAAAUGAUUAUGAAAGGACAUCACAUCCUACUGUGCCACAAAUACAAUCAGUUGAGAUGGAUAGUCAUGGGGAAACAUCUUCAGGAACAGAGCUUUUCUUAGUUUCUGGUGCUGCUUGCUUGCCUCAUCCCUCUAAGGCAUUGACAGGUCGAGAGGAUGCUUAUUUAAUUUCUAACCAAAAUUGGCUUGCUGUGGCUGAUGGAGUUGCUCAGUGGUCACUUGAAGGGAGCAAUGCUGGACCUUAUAUCAGGGAACUUAUGGAAAAAUGUGAAAAUAUUGUGUCAAAUUAUGAAAACAUUUCUGCUAUAAAACCUGCAGAAGUUAUCAUCAGAAGUGCUGCCGAUACACAAUCUCCAGGAUCAUCUGCUGUUUUGGUUGCUCAUUUUGACGGACAGGUCCUCCAUGCAGCCAAUGUUGGGAACACUGGAUUUAUCAUUAUAAGAGAUGGUUCCAUCUUUAAAAAAUCAACUCCCAUGUUUCAUGAAUUCAAUUUUCCAUUUCAGAUAGUAAAAGGUGAGGAUCCCUCAGAUCUCAUUGAGGAUUACAUGAUCGAUCUACAUGAUGGUGAUGUGGUAGUAACUGCCACAAAUGGCCUUUUUGACAAUCUGUAUGAGCAAGAAAUAGCAUCAAUUAUAUCAAAAUCACUCCAAGCUAGCUUGACACCUCAGGAAAUAGCAGAUUUGUUGGCCAUGAGGGCACAAGAGGUUGGAAGAUCAACUUUCACAAGAAGCCCUUUUGCUGAUACAGCUCAGGCUGUGGGCUAUGUGGGAUAUAGUGGUGGCAAGCUUGAUGGUGUAACAGUUAUAGUCUCAUUAGUUCAAAUUAGAUAGCUCUUUCUCACUUCUUCUCAUGUUAUCUAUUUUCUCUGUGUACAUACCAACAGUUUUGUAAAUUUAUCAUGAUGCUGAAGAUCUGUAAUUUUUCUCAUGAUUUUUGCCACUUAUUUAUGGAUUGUUCGGUCCUUGAAGCAUAUGACAAUAACAUUUUAUGAUUCCGAAAUGUAUAGUAAUAUAGUUUUCAGUCG